AGCCCUCUUGAUUUUUCAUUUCUAGAUGUGGUCAGCUUUGGAAAAGAUGCCAGCUCCAGCCACCACAUAUGAAAGAAUAGUUUACAAAAAUCCCUCUGAGCACCAUUAUAUGAAAGUCUGCCUAGAAUUUCAAGAUCGUGGGGUUGGACUGAAUGCUGCACAGUUCAAACAGCUGCUUAUUUCAGCCUUGAAGGACCUCUUUGGGGAGGUUGAUGCAGCCUUACCCUUGGACAUCCUAACUUAUGAAGAGAAGACCCUGUCAGCCAUCUUGAGGAUAUGUAGCAGUGGUCUUGUCAAAUUGUGGAGCUCUUUGACUCUGUUAGGAUCCUAUAAAGGCAAGAAAUGUGCCUUCAGAGUGAUUCAGGUUUCUCCAUUUCUCCUUGCCUUAUCUGGGAAUAGCAGGGAACUAGUAUUGGAUUGAAUAGUCUUCAAUUGCAGAAACAUCCUUCUCUCAAAAGCAUGUUUUGGUGACAAUAUGCUGUCUGAAGACUGAAGCGGUCUAAAAGCUCCGAUUGCUGAAGAUGUUCCCCGUAAUUUCCCGCCAUCAUCUGUGGUGGGGUGGGCUUCAGAGGAGAAUCUGCCUGAGCCAGCCAGUGGUGAGCAGGCAUCACGUUGAGCAGAUGCACAUGAGAGUUGGAGACCGCGCUGAACUCAGCAGGGCCUUCACACAGAGGGACGUGGCUGCCUUCUCAGAAUUAACGGGGGAUGUCAAUCCUUUGCAUUUAAAUGAAGAUUUUGCAAAAUACACCAAGUUUGGAAAGACAAUUGUACACGGAGUUUUGGUCAAUGGACUUAUUUCGGCUCUCCUGGGAACUAAAAUGCCAGGGCCAGGCUGUGUAUUACUUUCACAGGAAAUUAGCUUUCCAGCCCCUUUAUAUGUUGGAGAAGUUGUUGUAGCUUCUGCAGAGGUAAAAAGGCUAAAGCGGUUCAUUGCUGUUAUUGCAGUGUCAUGUUUUGUAAGAGAAAGUAAAAA